AAAAAAAUGUUUGAAAUCUUCUAUCACAGAUGCAGGCGUAUCGCGAUAACUUCAAGCAAACGCCCUGCCCAGCGGCCGUCGACCCUCUACCUGGAACGCCCGCUUCUUCAACGGCUGGACGCCUGCCCUUUUCGCGUCCACACCAUCGUGGCGUCCGGGGGGGAAGUGAUCAGCCAACGGUUAAUACCGCCGCAGCUCCAAUCUCUGGAGCCCUUACUCCUCGGAUGAUGAGUCCAGCACCGCCGACGGGGGAUACAUCCUCGGCCAAUAAUCUGUUGCGCCAGAAUCAGGAGCUGCGCCAACGUCUGGCCGAUGAAUCGCAUACCUAUCGCCGUCGCCUGGACACUUACAAACAGGCCCAGCACAAUCAGGCGAAUCUCGUCAGCCGAUUGCAAUCGAAGAUCCAGCAGUAUAAACAGCGCUGCAAUGAUCUGGAGGAACGCAUGCAUGAGACUAUAAAACCAACCAUUCCGACCAUGUCGGCACCCAAGCUAACUACGGGACCAACGGGGAAUCAGGUCUUGUGUUCCACUUCACUGACGCUGGGUCAGAGCAGUCUUCCGUGUAGCUCUUCAUUGGACUCACCACCACCCAGUUGUGGACGAGAUUAUGUACAUGACGAUGACGCCCGUGAGCUCUGUCGCAAGUUGGAGGAGGAGCACAAUCGUUGUGAGCAGAUUAUCGCCCAAAAUAAUGCUCUCCGGCAGCAACUCGAGGAAUCGAAUCGCACCAAUCAGGCUUUGACAAAUGAUCUGCAGAAGCUAACAAAUGACUGGUCUGGAUUGCGCGAUGAGUUGCUCAUGAAGGAGGAUGAGUUCAAGGAGGAGGAACAGGCCUUCAAGGACUACUACAAUAGCGAACACAAUCGUCUAUUGAAAAUGUGGCGGGAGGUUGUCGCUGUGAAGCGAGCCUUCAAGGACAUGCAGACCGCAAUGAAGGCGGAAGUAUGCAAAAUGGGCCAAGAGAUCAAUCAUGUGUCCAAGGAUCUUAAUGGUUCUGCUGUGGCUGUGAAUUUUGCCCAACAGCAGGCCAAGCAGUCCGCCGAUGAAGAGCUCCGUCAAUCUCGUCGCUUCAGCGAUGACCUGCAGGCCCAAUUGGCCACUCUAAAAGUGCAAUAUGAGAGUGCCCGACACGAGAUCAUGGAACGCGAUCAACGUCUGCUGGAAUUAAUGAAUCAAUUAAAGAAACUGGAGGAUCGUUGCGGCCAGGCCGAGUCCCAGGCGGCCUUGGCCACCAGCUACAACAACGAGAUAGAGCGACUUAACAAUUCCAUUCGCGAAAUCGCUCAGGCUGUGAUUCAAGACGCCGAGAUCGCCGAUCGCGAAGCAGACGCUGAGGUCACCGGCGGGGCCAUGCAGCACAUGCACUUGACGCGUGAUGCCGCUUCGGUAGCGGGUGGAGCUGCCAGUGCCGGUGGUUCGAAAUCGCCGCGGCGCAAUUCGACACGUGCCUCCCAGGCAUUUGCCGAGGGUACAAUUUCGGCAGUUCAGGCUGCCCUCCACAAGUACCAACUGGCCUUGCACGACAUGCAAGUGAAAUUCCAGCAUACGACCGAGACUCUACGCUCGACCAAAACUCAACUGGACACCAGCGAUGGCACCAAACAGCUUUUGACCACAAAAAUGCAACAGCUCACCGAGAAGCUGGACUGCAGCAAUUCAAAGCUUUCCGAACUGCUGCAGGAGCGGGAGAGUCUGCAAAAGACGUUGGAUGAAGUGCGCAGCCAGAAGCAACAGUCUGAAGUGGGGCGAGCGGAUCUUAACAAUGCGUAUGAAAAUCUAAGCGGCGAAUUCGACAAGCUCCAAUUGAACUAUGGAAAACUGCAGAAACGUAUUGAUUCCAUGGAAGAGGACAAAAAGGCCGUUGAACUGGAAAUUCAAAGAAUUCUCAAGGAUAAGAAUAUAACCGAACUGAAUCUGAGAUCGGAAGAAGAUCGAAGCAGCCGGCUACGAGAGGAGACUAUUUCUCUGCGUGAAGAUCUUAAUCGGGUCAGUCUGAAUCGGGAUCUUUUGGAACAACAACGAAUCGAGUCUGAUAAUUUGAUUUGCUUGCUGGAAAAACAAAAGUCCGAUUUGGAAUAUGAUCUGGAUAAAUUGUUGUUAGAGAAAUGUGAUCUCCAGGAGAAACAUGAAAAGCUGUCGAGCAACAAUUGUUCCACCAGCGACGAGCUGAAAUCAGUGGAAAAGUGUCUAAUGGAGGCACAAGAGGAGCGCAAAAAAUUGCGUCUACAGGCCAACGAACAGUCCAACGAGAUUGGGGAGCUUAAGAAGGAGUUGGCUGUGCUGGACAAGGCGCGUCUUGAACUCGAGACGGACAAUCUCUCCUAUAGUGAGAAACUAAAGUGUUUGCAGCUGGAAAAGGAGAAGAUACUGCAGGACUUGGCAUGUGUGACAAGGGAUCGUGGCGAUAUUCAUAAUCAAUUGACGGCCAUGUGCCGCAAGAAGGAGACUCUCAACGAGGAGCUGAUGCGUACGCGACAACGGCUGGAGCAGACCACUGAGACCAAUAGCCGCCUUAACCGCAAUCUGGAAGACAUGGUCAAAGAUGUGGAAGAGAAACAGGUGGUAAUUGAUCUCCACGAGAAGGAUACUCAUCGCCUUAAUGAAUUGCUAGCCGCUCUACGUUCGGAAAAGGAGUCCCUGGAGUCUGUGCUCUUUGAUACAAACACCACACUGGAGGCUACCGAGGAAAAACGUAGCCAGUUGGAGCGUGAGCUUCAAGAGGCCCUGGUACGAGAAGAAUCUCUAAAGAAUCAGGUGGCGCGUUUGCAGAAAGAAUUGGAGCAGUGCCAGCGCAAGGCUCAGGAGACCAGGACACAAUUAGCGAAUGCGGCUAGAGCCGCCGAAAGCGAUUUCAAUCAGAAAAUCGCAAAUCUUCAAGCAGCUGCCGAAGAUGCAGCCAAACGACAUGGUGAUGAAGUGCUCCAAUUGCGAAACGCUCUCGAAAAGCGGAUGCAACAGGCUCUACAGGCACUGCAAACUGCCAAGGACGAUGAGAUCGAGAAGCUAAACGAACGUUUGGUCGCCCUUCAGGCGCACAUUGAAAGUCUGGUGCAACAACACGAAGAGUCCUUGAUUCGGGCCGAGAGUGAGAAGCAGCAGGCUCUUCUAAUGGCUCACCGGGACAAGCAGGCGGUGGGUGAACGUCUAGAGGCCGUUGCCAGGGACUUGAAAACUGAACAGGAGGCACUUGAUCGCAACAAGCGUGAAGCGAAUGCCCGCGAUGAGAAGCAAAGGGCUGCCAUAGCCCAGCUUAAGGAUGAGAUCGUGCUCAUGCGAACCCGCGAAGAAGAACACAGAAUUAAAUUGGAAGAGUGCAUACGCAAGCAGGAGCUGCAAUUGGUCACCAUGCGGGAGGAACGCGACUCUCUCUGUCGCCUGAGUGAAGAGCUUAAAAUAGAGAUGCGCCUGAAGGAGGACAAAAUGGAUGGCACCAGCAACGAACUGCAGGACGCUCUGCGCAAGAACAAAGAAGGCGAAGGAUUCAUCGAAAGCCUGCGCAAGGAACUUACGGAUAGCCGCCGGCAAUUGGCUGAUAGCAACAUUGAACGGGACAAGUACUCCACAAGCAAUAAGGAGCUACGUGACCAUGUGAAGCGUGUGGAAAGCGCCAAGCGAGAACAGGCCCGAGCCAUUGAGGAAGCCCUGCAAAAGAUAAGUAAUCUGGAGGAGGCGAAGAAUUCCUUGGAAAACGAACGGACUCGUCUUAGCACUAUACUAAAAGAAACUGAAAAUCACUUUACAAAGACAACCCAAGAAUUAAAUGCCACCAAGUCUGCCCUACAGAAGGCGCAGGUCGAGUUCGCACAAAAGGACGAAGGAGGCAAGGAGUUGCAAUGCAAGCUCAUAGCGGAAACCGAGCUUAAGGAGAGGGCCCAACAGGAACUAUGUCAGAAUAAGAAGCAACUUUCCGAUCUGGAGGAGAAUCUGUGCGCCACCCGUCAAGAAUUGGGUAGAUUGAGAUGUCACAACAACCAGGAGGAGCAUCGUUUCCAUGCGCGUGAACAGGAACUGGCUCAACGCAUGGAAGAGGCACGCGGCCGGGAGAAACGUUUGGAAGAUCAGAAGCACAAUUUGGAAGUGUGUCUGGCAGAUGCCACUCAGCAGAUCCAGGAACUGAAGGCCCGUCUCGGUGGAGCCGAGGGACGAAUUCGGGCAUUGGACGAGCAGCUUGCUUGCGUGGAAUUGCAUAAGCGGGAUACGGAGCAGAAGCUAUCGUCGGUAGUUCACACGCUGCGCAGAAUUGCUGGCAUUCAGGUGGAUGGCAGUGUGAAUCUCUCACAUCGCCUUCUCAGUCCUUCCAGGCGCUUUAGUCCGUCUCGCAGUGUUGGGGACUACGAUACUCGUAGUACUUCGCAAUGUCCUGACCCACCCAUCGAUGUCGAUCCCGAUUUGGUGAGAAAGGGUGUGAGGAACCUUAUGCACCAAGUGGCACAGUUGGAGAGAGAGAAGGACGAUUACAAGUCGCAGUUGGGCGCAGCGAAAAAGCAACUGCAGGAUGCGGCCGAACAACAACUUCGUUGUGAUGCCAAGAUGGGAAAACUUCAGGGAAUGCUAAGAAAUCUACAGGAGGAGAAGAGCAAUCUGGAAACGGAUCGCAAAAUGAAAAUCUCGGCCAUCAAUGCCCUUGAGGAGAAGCUCAAACAGCGUAGCGAUGAGUGCCAGUUGCUUCGAGAACGUUUGGCCCAGACGGAAAUGCAACUGGCGGCCACUUCAGAGGAAAAUGCUCAGAAUGAAGAUCGCCUGGAAAAGAGUCGACAGGCCUGCUCCAAAUUGGAUAACGAGAAACGAUUGCUACAAGAGGAACUGGCCAAGGUAGAGGGUCGGGCAAGUAAGUUGGAUCUACAACGCGUGGCAAUGGAAGGAGACCUCACCCGUCUGCAAAUGGCUAUACAGGAGAAGGACUGCAGCAUUAGGCAAGUGUCAGAGCGACUGGAAAAUCAGACGCGUGCCAUGACCCAGUUGGAAGAUCGCUGCACCUCGCUAAAAUCUACUGUAGACCAAUUGAAAGAACGUCUCCAAAAGUCUGCCGUUAACGAGACCCAAUUGCGUGGAGAAAUAAAGACACUGCAGAAGGAGCUAUCCGAACAAGGACAUUGCGCUCAGGCCAAUGAGGACAAGGUGAAACUACUACAGAAAUCAUUCCAGACAGCGGAGAAUGAGAAGCGUAUCUUGACUGAACGUCUAGACAGUGCCCAGGCGAACCUUAACGAACUCAGACGCAGUCAACAGGCCCAACUUGAUGGCAAUCAGAGACUUCAGGAACAGGUAACCGAUUUGGAGGUACAACGUUCGGCCCUGGAGUCCCAAUUGAGAAUAGCUAAAUGGAAUCAAGAGAGCGGCGGUGACAAAAUCUUGACCAAUGGCGGCGGCAACGGCGGCGAUGAGGACGAACUCAAUAGACAGCUAAAGUCUUCAUUGCGAGAAAAGUCUGAACUUCGCAGCAAAUUGCAAACAUUGCAGGACAAAGUCAAACAACUCGAGUGUGAGCGUAAGAGUAAAUUCUCUGGUGGUAAUGCUUACGACCGUGCUGAGAAAUCCAGUUAUUAUGCAACUGGAGCUGGAGAUCCUGGUGAAUUUGAUUCCAAUCGCUAUGAUACAGGUGGUAACGGUGGUGCUUCCUAUAACUGUGGCCUCGAUCACAGUGUGCUUGAACAGGAAACUCGUGAUUUGCGUUUGAAAGUACGUCGUCUGGAGACAAUGUUGGCCGAAAAGGAAUCGGAACUGGCACGCUGCAAGGCACGGAUGAAUGACAGCGCCAAAUGUUUAGAUGGCAUGGACACCGAUCGCUAUCGUAGUGCCCAUUUGCAUGCAGAAAAGCUGCUGGAUGCACGUGAGAAAUCACACAAACAACAAGUGAUGUUGCUGGAGAAUCAGAUCUCCAUGCUGCGGGAACAGUUGGCACAGGAGGCCAAGCGUCGUCAGCAAUAUAUCCUUCGGAGCUCAAAGGCCAACAAAGAGAUGCAACAUUUGAGGAGCACACUGGGAGACUCACUACGCAAUGUUUCUCAGCAUCCAGUGGAUGCACACUUACUGGAAAGCGAGAGCAGACGUCUGGAUUCUGCUGUAUCGAUGAGUCUACCGCCUUCCACCUGCCGGGAUUAUGAUCGCGAUUAGAAACAUUUCUAAUAUAUAUAUUGAUCAUUUGGUAACACAAUCCCGCCAAUAAUUAAUGUUCACUGCCAUAAGCAUUUAACCAUUUAGAAACACAUUCCUAGGAAUACAAUACAAUCGGUAAUGUCCGCCGAAAUCCUUCAAUUUAGUACAAUACUAGCUGUUCAUUGUCUGCCCUGUUAGACAAUCGAAUAUAGUGCGUUUCAUCAUCUCGCAUUUGGGCAUAGAAAUUCAUUUUCACACUUACUUUACCUAAACAAAAAGAACAUACAAACAUUAAAGGGUCACAAGUUCCACUUCUUCUUGAUUGAAGGAGAACACCGAACUACAUACAUAUGUAUCACACACAUGAUAUAUUGAAAAUCAUUUGCAUUUAUAAGUACAUAUUUAUAUUGAUAUUGAACACAACUAGUCGGCACAAGGCAAUUCAACAAAAUAUCCUUAGCAUAUCUAAAUUCCUAUAUACAAAUUCUACAAAUACAUAUCUACUAUAUUAAAAUAAUAAUUGGAAACAAAAGAAAUCAACUCACAUCUUAAA